UACAUGUUCGGGAGUGAAAGUGCAAGUGCAAUAAAAUCAACAGCUGAAUUAUUUAUUAAGUCAAAUGAAACUUAUCCCUGCGAUGCCAAGAAUUCAAAAGUAAAGUGUCCUCACUCGCAAGAUCGAUGUUUUAAGGGAACAUAAAUCAAGGGUGCUAGCACACAUUUGGCGCACAUCAUGAGUGGACAAACCAUUGCAAUGAAAUUCGCCCCUUUUCCCAGGCUAAUAUGCCGCAACCUAUUGCUACUCGCAUUGCUGGCACUGCAUGACAGUCAUACCCUUGCUAUCGAAGCCAAUGCCAGCCAAGGCAUCGUCGGCAGCGAAGUGCCCGAGGAGCCACUGACCUUGACCAUCCUGCACUGCUGUCCAGAGGGCAUGGACUUGGACGAGCAGCGAGCACGAGAUCACGGCAACGAGCCAGUCAUGGCACAGUGCAUCCUGAGCUCCGAGGUGCACCAGCCACUGAUCUACUCGCCAAGUACCCGUGGCUUCCUCCACCAGUAUCCGGACGACUGGAGGACGGUCCAUGGCCGGCUGCCCGAGUGCUCCGAGGAUCAGGUGAUCCGGUACGUACCUCAGAGCCAGCAUAGCGCGUACGUGCUCUUCGACGACGGCAACGUGGCUCUCGAAGGUGGCAUUGGUACGAUAUUCAGGCCCGAGGAGUAUUGCUUUGGCACCAAGUCGCUGCUCGCCUGCAUGCCCAGGAGAGAGGAGGGCAGACAGGAUGCCGUGACAAUGCUGCCCAAGAUGCUCAAGUGCUGUGGUCCCAGUGCUGUCUACGUUAGUAACGCCUGCAAAGAAAUAGAUGCCGAGGCUAUGCUGCUACACGAGGAAGAGAACAUGCUUCUUGCACCCAAAUUUAUGGACGUAGUGGAAAUCGGGACUGGUUUUCCGUCCUGCUCCAACUCCGACAACUUAACGAUUUUCAGCGACUAUGAAAAAGCGGAUCUUCAAGCUGAUGCCAGUAUACUCAUCGAUGGGCAGAUAUUGCCAGCCGAAGAGUUUUGCGUCGAGCGUAUCGAGGAUGUGGACAGCAAAAGUUUGGCCCUAAAAAUCUUNUAUAACGCCUGCAAAGAAAUAGAUGCCGAGGCUAUGCUGCUACACGAGGAAGAGAACAUGCUUCUUGCACCCAAAUUUAUGGACGUAGUGGAAAUCGGGACUGGUUUUCCGUCCUGCUCCAACUCCGACAACUUAACGAUUUUCAGCGACUAUGAAAAAGCGGAUCUUCAAGCUGAUGCCAGUAUACUCAUCGAUGGGCAGAUAUUGCCAGCCGAAGAGUUUUGCGUCGAGCGUAUCGAGGAUGUGGACAGCAAAAGUUUGGCCCUAAAAAUCUUUACCUGCUCUGAACACGCAAAUAAAGAUAUUAUUGUUCAGAAUCGAGACAUACGUUUCACCCUAUACCCGAUUGGCUUCAUAAUAAGCGCAAUAUUCUUGGCCGCGACGUUGGCGGCCGGCUGGUUGUUGCCCGCCUCUCAUCACGUUCUCCACUGGCGCUGCCAGACGUACCACGUCGCCUGCCUCAUGCUCGGAGAUAUCUCCAUGGCCGUCAUACAGCUGACCGGGAAUUCCCUCCAGGGCGAGUGGUGCACCUCUGUCGCGAUUAUAGCGCAGUUCUUCUUCCUGGCGUCGUUCUUUUGGCUCAACACAAUGUGCUUCAACAUCUGGUGGACCUUCAGGGACUUGAGGCCAGCGAGUCUGGAGAAAGGCCAGGAACUACUAAGGCUAAAGUUCUACUCAGCAUACGCCUGGGGCGGGCCGCUCAUAAUUGCCGGCCUGGCAGCCUUCAUCGAUCAUCUGCCCUACACACCGGAACAGACCUUCCUCAAGCCGCGCUUCGGCGAAAAACGAUGCUGGUUCUACGGUGACAUGGAGAUGCUGACCUACUUCUUCGGACCGAUUGGCCUACUCCUUGCAAUAAAUCUUCUAUUUUUCUCGGCAACCGCCCGCGAGCUGACGUGCGGCCUCUGGAAAGGCGAAUUCGUAAAAAGCACCACUGAAAGAGCCGCGCUGAGCAAGGUCUGCCUGAAGCUCGUGGUGGUGAUGGGCGUGCCGUGGAUCUUUGAUGUGGUGUCGUGGCUGGCCGGUGGUCCAGCCUUCCUCUGGUACCUGACCGACGUGCUAAAUGCUGCCCAGGGCGUCCUCAUCUUCAUCGUCGUGGGCUGCCAGCCUCAAGUGCGCGCAGCCCUCAAGCGGAUCUGGUCAUGCAAUCCUCGUGCCAAUGCUAGCCGUCAAGGAAACGGGCUGAGCACCACCAGCCACGGGAUGCCCAGUAUGGGCGACAGCGUCACUCAGAACCCCAGCACCAAGACUGCACCGCUCGAAACUAUCUGCUGAACUGGGAUGGGUGGAACCA